AUGUUCAAGAAGAAACCGACUAUCAAAACUCUCUCGCCUCUCCGAUCGUCCGACCGUCGUAAAAUUGCCGAUCAGAUCAUCCAAGAUUACAAGAUCAAUGUAGCUACAGCGCCACCGACAGACGACAACACAGCACAGAGCUCAACAUCUGGGAAUCUGACCGCGAUUCGCAACUCGCUCCUCCCUGAAAACUCAUUGUCCGCGCGGUUUACGACGACAGUCGGUCCAGAACUCCGUGAAGUCCAGGGCACGGUCUAUGUCGGAGCGCAUCCUGAAACCGGCGGGGAAGAACGCAUUUUGUGGUUCAAAUUAGAGCAUGGUCCUGGAGCAGAUGGGAGGAUUUAUCCAACAGUCUAUUCUCUAUGGCAUAACCCGCGUCUUGUGCCUCUUUUGCACACACCGGGGCUGGUCAUGCGGAAGCUCUUCAGCGGCGCAGAUUUGAUGACGCCAGGCCUUGCGAACGGACCGCCAUUUCCUGCUGGAGCUGUCAAGGGAUCUACUGUGGCCGUGGCCAGCUUGGAAAAACCGACAGUACCGGUGUUUGUUGGGGUCUGCGAGAUCGACGUGGCUGGGCUAGGUGAGGUCCAGGGAGCGAAGGGCCAUGCGGUGCGAGGCGUGCACUGGGAAGGAGAUGAACUUUGGGCUUGGAGCUCGUCAUCAAGGCCUGGACAGCCGUCCCCGGAGUUCCUGGAGGGAUGGGAUGCGGAGGUUAACGACAUCGAAGAGGGUGUCGAGGAGCUGACAUUGGAAGAGAAGCAGAAUGGGGAGAUCGAGGAGGAAGGAGGAGUAUCUCUGAGUGAGAGUACUGAAAAACAGGAAGAAAGCGUGCCUAUUGAGCCGGAGAAAGAGCCUACAACGAAAGAGAUUGAAGAGGCAUUUGUGAAAGCCUUUUUGUAUUCCCUGUACCAACACAAAAAGGAGAAUCCAUCCUCACCGAACCACGGCUUGUCCCUUCCCGUCCAGCCAUCUGCCUUAAUUUCUAACCUCAUCACGCCAUAUCUUCCAAUCUACUCACCGCAACAAGCUCAAUACUACCAGAUCAAGAAGACGGGUUGGAAAAACGUGAAGAAAUUUAUCAAGCAUCUGGAUAAAGAACGGCUAGUCAAGUCGAAAGAUCGCAGUGGACAGGAAACUGUCAUAGUGGACGUCGAUUUUAAGCACCCAAUGGUCGAGCAGUUCGUCCCAUACAAGCUUCCAUCGAAGAACGCCGUUGAAAAUGCUGGAAAACCUGCCUCUGGCAAACAGAAACCGGCAGAGGAUGGAGUUGACCCGUCCGUUGGCCAGACACUCACGGUCCAAGUCCUCUACCGGCCGACGGGGAAACUGACACCAACCCUGUUCCCGGCACUCUCGCACUCGGACCCGAAGAAUUAUUACAAGUAUUCGGAGGUAUCGAGUCAAUUGGACAUCUAUCUCGAAUCUCAGGACCCUCCAAUCGUGUCUGAAGAGAACCGUCGUAUCAUCAAACUCAAUCCUUUUCUCGCCAAUACGAUUUUUACGUCUUCUUCUCCAGAAGAUACAGCCACUCUAGCCCGAGGCGAGGUGACCCGCGAUGGCCUUCUCAAACGCAUCAUCUCGGAUCCGUCACUGUGCGCACCAUUCCAUGUCAUCCUGAAACCCAAUCAGACUCUGGCGGACGUCAAACCCAAAGCAGGGGCUGCUCCCAAAGUUACGGUGACCAUCGAGCGGCGCGCAUCCAACAAGACAGUGACCAAAGUUACUGGAGUGGAGGUUUUCGGGAUAAUUCCCACCUUUCUGGCCGACGAGCUGCAAAAGAAAUGCGCGUCGAGCACGAGUGUGGCGCAGGCCGUUGGAGCGGCCAAGGGUGUGAUGGAGAUCCUCGUCCAGGGAGAUCAGCGAAGCGCGGUGGAGACGGCCCUGGGAAGACGAGGAGUGCGACCGCAAUGGAUCGAUGUUGUGGAUAAGGCGAAGAAGAAAAAAUUUGGUAGAUUAGAUUUUAGGCUUUAUUAUUUGGCUUAUUGCACGGCGUCAAGUUUCUCCGACUUUAUAGGUACAAGUGCAGACACUACCUUGUACCCUGUACAGAGCACAGAGUACAUUACCUAUUUAUGUAAUAUUGACAUUAAUUAUAUCGGCAAACCCUCCGAACCCACAGCGGGGUAUCUCCGCGUUCUCCGUCUGGAUGUAUUUCUGUUACUGUCCUUUGUCUGUUGCUUGCUUGCUUGCUCUGAGCAUUCGUCGAAGUUAAAGUACUACCUCCUGCAUACUACUACUGUAUAUCCAUCUUACUUACUUACGGCAAGAAAUGCCCGUCUAUCACAUUGCUUGCUGAUAUUCGAUUUCUCUCUCCCAGUCCUCUUCCGCCUCAAACCAGGCGUGACUCAAGCGCAACUGGCGCACUGGUCACAGAUGAGCAAGGCCAUGGUUGGGAAGAUCCCUGAUAUACGAUAUGCUUGCUGGCUUUCUGCAAAUUGGCUAAUGUCCAUGCCCUACAGGCCUGACCUCCCUCCAUACAAACCCCCCACUACCCAUCUCCGUGCCGAGAGCAAAAGGCUUCGAUAUGGGCCUUGUCGCUGUGCUGGAGUCUCCGGAGCAUUUGGCUGGCUAUGCGACGCAUCCGGCGCAUUUGGAGCUGAUUAUUUGUUUGUGUUGGUAGGGUCCAUAAAAUUCGCGAAGAGCUGUGUGAAGAUACCCUGGCUUAUGAUUUGGAGUUUUGAGGAGAGGAUCUCAGGGAGGAAAGGGAAGGAGUUACAGUUAUGGACAGAGGGACUGGGAUAUCGGAAUCUGUCUAGAGACCCUAAUUCCAUUGAAUUAGAUCAAUCAACCUCUGCACUCAAGAUCGAGGUCGAUUUGACUAUUUCGACCACACUAAACUAA